GUGGUCUCUCUGCCCCUCGUUGCCGGCGGGAUCCUUCAGCGGCGGGUUCUCUUCUCGAUUUAUUGGUUGCCCCCUUGUUCUGUUGUCACCACCUGUCGGUCGUUAUCGCGCUUGAAGGGUGGAGGGGCAUUCUUUAUCAGCGAAGCGGUAUCAACAAGGCUCAAUAGCGAUGACGCGGAGAUGUUCACAUUGUGGUCACAACGGGCAUAACUCACGGACAUGUCCUGACAGAGGAGUACGUCUAUUUGGAGUGCGAUUGACAGAAAACGCAAUGCGGAAGAGCGUCAGCACGGGCAAUCUUAAUUCGUAUCCCAAUGGGAAUCAGAGUUCCACUCCCGAUAACUCCGAGGGAGCGGCACCACCGGACGGCUACGUUUCCGAUGGACUCGUGCAAACUUCGACAAACGCCAGGGAGAGGAAAAAGGGGGUUCCUUGGACAGAGGAAGAGCACCGCAUGUUCUUGCUCGGAUUGCAAAAGCUCGGCAAAGGAGACUGGAGGGGAAUUUCUCGAAAUUACGUGCAGACUAGAACGCCCACUCAAGUGGCAAGUCAUGCACAGAAGUACUUCAUUAGACAGAGCAAUCUGAACAAGAGGAAGCGACGAUCCAGCCUUUUUGACAUCGUUACUGACGGGAUGCCGUUGGUUCACGUUGUUGGUGUGGGCGGUGCUGCUGUGGGAUCCGCUGGAGGCGCCGGCAACGGGUCUACGGAUGAGAACGUCGGACGUCGAACGCAAACCAGCUCGAGCUCCUCUCCUCCGCCGACGGCCGUACCUCUACAUCACUUGUCGCACACUGCGGGAGGCUUUCAGCACCAUCACCAUCCUUCCUUUUUCGACCCGGCUCGCUCUCAUUCCUUCCCUGUCGCCAUGCCCGCCUUCCCUCUUGACCCCCAGUUUCUUCAUCACAUGUUGGCCGCCGCUGCCGCCACGAUGCCUCCUCAACCGUCAGCCUCGGGACCGGUGGGGGACAUGAAUCCCGCUGUCGCUGCAGGCCCCGCCGUUACGGUCAGCAGCUCGACUGCUGGACAAAGAGAUGCUGUGGUGGUGACGUUGGCGGCGCCCGGCCCCGGUGCUGCCGGGGAGCACACCAUCGUGCCGAUGAGGUCUUGCUCUUCUGCGUCUCCGCCUUGCCCUUCGGGUUGUGAGCAACAGAAAUCCUUGAUGUGCAGUAGGUCUGACGGCUCGUCCGAGGAGAGUCGUAACCAACAACCCCAGCAUCAGCAGGAGGGGCAAGAUCAACAGAGAGAUGGAGGGGGAGCCGUGGCGGAGUCGGGGAGAAGGCCAGAGAGCCCGUCCAGGCAAGCGUCGGCGAUGGGUGUCACUGUAGUAACCGGUGGAGCGGGGGGAGGUGGAGCAUGCGGGGGCGGUCGAGGCGCACCGUUGACAGCACUCGCGCUGUCCAGAGUACUACCGUCAGCAGUAGCAGGAGGGAAUCCGCCGCCUCCGCAUCGGCCUUCGCCGGCAAUGACGUUUCACCACUUCUCUGUUCUUCCUUGGCCCGGCCUCAGCCCAUUGGGAUACGGGCUGCAACAACAUCAUCCACAUGCUCUUCACCACCAUGGGCACCCGCCAUCCCAUCCCCCCACUGCUAGCCGCCAUCAACUCCCUCAGCAGCAGCAUCAAGAGUGCGCAGCUGCCGGCACGGUCACCGUUGCUGCUCGGGGGGCACCUCACCCCCCACUUCCUGGAGCCGUUGUGCCCUCCAAUUCUAAUUCCAAGAUAUGUCGUCCGACGGCCUGUAUCCCGACGUCCACCGUCCCGAUCCCAGAGACGUUGGGAUUGAGCAUCCCUUCUCACGCAACGUCGUCCAACUUGUCGCUUUCGCCUCCGUCGGCCGAGGCUUCCUCGUCUCUCACGACUCUGCGCUUGUUGGAGCAACCUUCGACACGGCACUCGGCUUUUCACGCUAAGACAUCGUUCAGCAGCGCGAGCCUCACUAGCAGCAGCCAGAGUGCCAUUAGUGUGGUGUAAGGAGACACCGGAGCUCGGGACUGGAAACGAGUACGGGGUACUGCGGGUUUACGGGUGUACGGGUGCGCGAGCGAAUACCGCUUAUUUGCGUUGAUUGGCUUUGGGGGGUGGGGAUGCGGCCCGUCGAUGAUGAUGCGCGAGGAGGACGAGCAUCAGCGGAAUGAGGGCAGCAGAGGUGGCGGCAUUGAUUGACCAAGCAUGAAUAAGAUAAGGGUAUGCGUGGCAAGAGGAGGGGAUGGCGUGCAACUAUACGGACUGUAAGAGUA